AUGCAAGCUCCAACUCCACAGCCUGACUACCCUCUUUUGCAACAAAGUCUGACGACAGCAGCAGAGCAACUAGCUCUGUUUGCAAAUAUACCUCAACACAAUGACAUCAUGGUAGUGAUGCAACAGAUCCAUGCCACGAUACAGCAGAUGAAUGGCACGAUAGAGCAGAUGAAUGGCAGAAUAACUAACCUUGAGAACACCCUGAACCAGUUCAAAGUGCAGGUUGAGGGGCGGUUCAACCAAGUUGAGGAGAGGUUCAACCAAAUCGGGGGGAGAUUCGACCAAUUGGCUGGCAAGGUUGACAAUAUUGUCAGAAUGCUGCCGACCAUGCUCCACAAUGCACCCCUGCGCAUGAAUGGCCCUCUGCAAUAUCCAUCAGAAGUUGAUGAUAGAUUCCCCAAGACUGAACUACAGCUCACAGAAUUGACUGCCAAUGAUGCUAAUCAUGUGCUCCUUGCCUUGGGUAUGGAGGUGCCGCAAGGAGCAGAUGUCGUGCGGAAGCGUCAGCUGAUAGCCGACUAUCUGGGUUGCGGCGAGACAGUUGUGUGAUUGUGGCCUUCGGCGGGUCCUAUAUAGUGCAUGAGGCUCUUCCGAUCGCACAAUCCUCCUCUCCACC